AUGGCAUAGAAAAAUAGAGAAGAUGAAAUGGUAGAUGAAUUAUUUAAACUAAAAAAUGAUAGACAAUAAAUUAAAAUGAAAAGAGAUGAUGAUAACUAUGGAUUUGAAGAAUUAUUAUAUGAAGUUAAAUAAGUGAGAGAGUAGGAAAUUAGAGCAAGAAUAGAGGAAGAUGAAAUACGAAAAGUAUUUAUGAAUUUAGAAAAAUCAAAAUUAACAGCAAUGGAAUAAGAGAGAAAGAGGGAGUUAUAAAAAUUGAUAGCAGAAAGGGAAGCUCUUAGAAUAAAACAGAAUGAAUUUAUUUAAGAUAUUGAAUAAAUGGUAUAGAAUAUUAAAAUCCUUGAUUAAAUGAGAUAAAAGGAAGUAUCAAAAAUUAAUAAUGUAAUUGAAGGAAUGUAAUUAAAAUAAAAAUAAAAUACAAAAUUAAAUGAAGAUUAAGAAAGAUCAGACAAUGUUGCUUAAUUGAAAUUAAAAAGAGAAUAAUUGGAAGGAGAGAGAUUAAGAAUAAUGUACAAUUUAGAUAGAUUCAGAAAUAAAGAUUUAAAAGCUGGUUAAAGAGGAGGUACAAUGAAUUUAGUUGCAAAUGCAAAGAAUAUAUUGGGAGAUAUUUAAUAAAUGGAGAAUUUUAAUCCUAAAUUACAUGAUGGAAGAUUUGCGGAAUAAUAAUAAAAUAUAUAUUAAUUGAAAUAAUAAAAACUAGAGUUUAAGCCAUUUGAUGGUGAUGAAGCUUAUGGAUCAAGAGCAUCUAUAGGAUAAUAAGCUGUAGAUAUGUAUAAAUAUAAGAAUCCACAAUUUAUUGUAGAGAAUAGAUUAAGAAAAGAUAAUACUUUGAAAAGACAACAAAUGCAAUCAUAUAAUUGGAGUGAAGGAUUUGUAGUCCAUUGGGAUUAUACAUUAGGAUUACCAAGAAGGAGUAAUUAUAGUUAAGUAGUAUUUGGAGUGUUUAAUGAAUAUUAAGUUAUUUGUUAGCCAAGAUUAAUUGAACAUAAAGAAUGUGAAACAGAAAAUUAUUAUCAUAAUAGAUGCAUAUUUGGUGAUUCUCAUUAAGUAUUUCAAGUACCUGCACAUCCAGAUACUUUAAUGAUUAUGGAAGUUUAAAAUCCAUUCUGCAAAAGAGUCGAAGAUAAUGUUGGUAGAACUGAAACAUACGGAUGGACUCAAGUUGAUCUUUUUGAUCAUAAUACAUAAUUAAAAAGAGGAAAAUUUAAAUGCCCAGUUUAUUAUGGACCAACCAGUCCUGAAAUAACUGUGGAAGAGAUAUAAAAUUUAGAAUCUAUUCCAAAUUGUUGGGUCUAUUUAAGAAUUGGAUAUCCUAAUGAUAAUGACUAUGGAGAAGUUAAAACUAUUUAUCCAGAAUAAACUUAACAUGAAUACAUUGUACCCUAUAUUCAUUUGAGAGGAUUAUUUGGAAGAAGAGAUAAAGUUAAAAAUAUGAGAGGAAUGGAAGAAAGCUAUGAGGAGUAUGAAAUUACUGGAUUACCACCACUCAUGUAAAAAUAUGGUGCUAGAAUAAAAGAACCUCCUAUUUAAGAUGAUCGAAAAUAAGAAGGAUUAAGAUUCAUUAUUUAUAGAGUUGAUAAUCAUUAAGCUAGAUCACAUUUAAGAGUUAUCGCAGCAUUAUUUGAAGAAAAUAAUAUUUUCUUAGAUGCUUAUGGAUUACCGAUUUCAUUUAAUACUACUAUUCAUAAUUCUUUAGAUCUAAAAAAAUAGAUAGGUAUUAUAACCAGAUUACAUUAUACCAUUGCCUAAGCAUAAUGUUUAAUAUGA